CGAUUCACACCAUUUGCAGAGAAACUCUAAUCGACAUCGCAGGAGUGUCAACACCAGAGUUCGGUCUGCACAGCACUGUCAGGAUAUUACUAGCCUUUAUCAAUUCAAGUACGUAAGGUGGCCGGGGCUGAGCAAUAUGGCACAGAGCAAGUCAGCUUCGUGUGGGGUGCUGGCUCUUCUUUUGCUGGCGCUCUUGCUGGGUGUGGAGGGAGCAAUGCAUGACCGCAAGCGAGGCCUGAAGACACAUGGCCUAUCGGACGACGAGAUCAAGGACGUGAUGAAGGACCACGACCCGCACCACAUCAUUCAUAAGCACACGCACCGGGAGGGCAUGAAAGAGCACCCCGAGGUGAAGCGGUACCUUGAGUGGCGUGAGAUGCACAAGGAUGGGCACCCCGAAGCGGCGGCUGCCUUCGCUGGCAAGAUCCCGCACGACUUCCUGGCGCACCUGCUGGAGCACGAGGCACCCGAAAGCGAGCAGCGGGAGGAGCUGUAGGCUGCCGUAUGGUGCCAGGGAUGCACCCCGGCUUGGGGAGCUGACAACAACGUGUUCUUUGCAAGGUUUGGGUUUCGGUACAUACGGAAUUAAUAAUGGAUCAGUGUAGGCGCACUGAGCAAGUGUCGCUACGAGGCUAUGUAGAUAUAUGACCGCCGACUGGUCGCUUACUGGUUCUUCUUAAGGCCUAGGGCCUGGCGGCGGCGGCGGUGGCAGCGGCCCUGUGCCCAGCAGUGGCAGCGAGCAUUUGCGUAGCAGAGGGGGCAGGCAAGGCCAGGAGAGCGCGGCGCAGCCCAAGAAGCGGCUCCAAUGCGCAGGUUAUGGCCCGGCCGGUGUCUGGUGAUUAGCAGUCUUUGCUGGUGAGCAUAGCAUGGCACGGUGUGCGGCAGGAUUGACUGAUGUUGCUAUGUUGCCUGCUGUGCUUGUGCUUGACAGCGGGAUGCGGCUGGACGCAUGGCGGCGCUUGCGCCCGCAGACAGGAGACGUGGCGUUGGUGCAGCCCCACUUUUCCCUUGAGAGGGAAAAUGUGCUUUGUCUCCUGCAAAUGGCCGCGACCCCAUUCAUACCGGUAGCAAGCAACGUGUCCGUUGAUGGAGCUUAUACGUGCUAAAAUAGGGCGCGAUGUUUGGGUAGGUGCAUGCCGCGGGUGUGUGCCCCCGCAUUGCUGUUUGCAACUGCUGCAGCAACUGUGCAAGGAGCGGUAACAGGAUCAGGCAACGGAGGGAGGGACGCGUCAGUGUUUGUCCUGCUGUUGAAGUUAGGAAAGGUGCGUCGGAGGAGGUGUGGAGGUACUGUAGUCGUAACUGAGGUGUCCAGCGUUGGUGCUAUCACCCAGCCUGUGCUGGCCUGUCCGCCUGUGACUUCCCUGACUGUCAAACGUCGAGAAAGCUUGUGUGGUUUGGUGUGUGAUGGGACAGGGUUUUGGCAGGUUGGCCAGGCUUGUGUGCUUUGGUGCCCUAGGUCUGAGCUGUUCAGGCCCUUUGUUCAGGCCUGCGGUGUGUUGAGCGCUGGCCCUCUUUUACACCAUUCCGGGGCGGGAGGUGGCGCCUCAUUGGACUUUCCCUUUCCCUCGUUGUCAUCACCGCGUGUAAGUUUUAUUCGUUUGGGCUGCUAAUAGCUAGAAGGGUUUGCAGCGGUACCCGCU